UGUGCUCGGACUUCUAUCCACCUUCGAACCCUAUCUCCGAGAAGAGUUGAACUUGUUGAGCGGAGUACGGGAAGACAUUGAAUACAUAAGAGCCGAAUUCGAGCGCAUGACACAUUUCCUCAGAGUUGCUGAUGCUAUAGAAGAUAGAGACCCGAAAAUCAAAGUAUGGGUGAAGCAAGUUCGAGAAGCUGCAUAUGACACUGCAGAUGCUCUUGAAAUGUACUUGCUUUGCCUCAGACAUCAUCAUAGCAUUGGAUUCCAAGGGUUUGUCCGUAAGGUUUCUUUCUUUGUUAAGACUUUAAAAGCUCGCCACCAAAUUGCUUCUGAAGUAAAAGGAAUCAAGUCCAGAAUCAUCAAUAUUUCUGAGGGACAUCAGUGAUAUAGGGACAUAUAUGGCAAAAUAGAGCAAGCCUCAAGCUCUACUCAUUUAGACAUAGCAUGGUAUGAUUGUCGUGGUGAUGCCCUUCUACUCCAAGAUGCUGACCUUGUGGGCAUUGACAAGCCCAAAUCACACUUGAUUAAGUGGCUAGUGGAUGAGGAUCCUCGACUAAAGGUGCUUUCUGUAGCAGGAAUGGGCGGAUUGGGCAAAACCACCCUUACAAAAAAAGUAUAUGACAACACAACAGUGAAGAGGCACUUCCAGAACCAUGCUUGGAUAACUGUUUCUGAAUCAUUCAAGGUUGAAGAGCUUUUAAAAGACAUGAUUCGAGUUCUCUUUGAAGAUGUUAGGCAACCACUCCCACGACGAAUGGACAAUAUGGAUCCAAACAGCUUGAAAGGUACAAUUAAUGCAUUUUUGCAGCAAAAGAGGUAUGUGCUUGUUUUGGAUGAUGUAUGGGGAAUUCACGCAUGGCAAGUUUUAAGAAUCAUACUUCCUGAAUGCAAUUGUGGCAGUCGAGUAAUUUUGACAACAAGAAAUGUAGAUUUAGCUUCUUUUGCUAGUGAAGAAUAUCAUGGCAUGGUGUAUAAUCUCAAGCCCUUGCCUCUCAGAGAGUCAUGGGCCCUGUUUUGCUCAAAGACAUUCAAGGAGAAUUCUUGUCCUUCAUAUUUGGAAGAUUUGUCAAAAGACAUCUUGAAAAAAUGUGAGGGGUUACCACUUGCAAUAGUAGCAAUUAGUGGUCUGUUAUCAACAAAACAUAAGAGUUUGAAUGAGUGGGAGAGGAUUUACCGUGGCCUUGGUGCAGAACUAGAAGGAAAUGACAAACUCAUGAGCAUGACUAAGAUAUUGUCCCUUAGUUACUUUGAUUUGCCUUACUAUCUCAAGUUAUGUUUUUUGUACUUAAGUAUUUUUCCAGAAGAUUGUCUCAUUGAUUACUGGAGAUUAAUUCGGUUGUGGGCAGCGGAAGGAUUUAUAGAAGUGAAAGAAGGAAUGACAAGAGAAGAAGUUGCUGAGGGCUACCUCAAUGAGCUAAUUAACAGAAGUUUAGUUCAAGUGGUAGAGGUGAGGAGGGACGGGAAAAGGUUCAAUGCUUAUCGAAUCCAUGACCUUUGGCGUGAAAUGAUAAUUGCGAAGUCAAGAGAGCAAAACAUUGUCAUAAUAACAAGUGCAAGAAGCCGAGCAUGGCCUGAGAAAUUGCGACGCCUCUCGGUCCACCACAAAUUGGAAGAUAUUCAACAAAGCAUUUGUUUCACUCGCCUUCGUUCUUUGCUCGUGUUCAGCGCAACAGAUUCGUUGUCCAUGUUGUCAAAGGUUGCAUCCUUAGGCAAAGGUGUAAGGCUACUAACUGUGUUAGACUUGAGAGGAGCACAAUUAGAAACAUUCCCGCAUGAAGUUGUGAAACUCCUUAAUCUUACUUAUUUAAGUUUGAGGGGGACAAAUGUAAAAGUGAUCCCGAAAGCGAUUGGAAAGCUCAAGAAGCUAGAAACGUUGGAUCUGAAAGGUACGAAUGUCAUUGAGUUGCCUGAUGAUAUCUUGAAGCUCCAACAUCUUCGCCAUCUCUUGUUGUAUCGCUACAACGAUGCCCAUUGUUAUUCACCAUUUCAUGGUACAAUUGGCUUCAAAGCCCCGGCGGGAAUAGGAAGUUUGUUGUACUUGCAGAAACUAUGUGCUGUUGAAGCAAACCAAGGGAGUAAUAGUGGCAUUGUGCUAAGAGAGGUGGGGAAGCUAACUGAACUUAGGAGAUUGUUCAUUUUAAGGCUACAGAAGGAAGAUGGGACGGUGCUAUGUUCAUCCCUUGAGAAGCUAAACAACCUUCGCUCGUUGUGCGUUGUGGCAAUAGAAGAAGAUGAGAUCAUUGAUCUAGAUUCUUUGUCUUUGCCGCCUCGACUUCUUCAAACACUCUAUCUAAGAGGACGUUUGGAUAAGAUACCGCACUGGAUACCAUCUCUUCAUAACUUGAAAAGGUUAGGGUUAGGGUGGAGUAAGUUAAAAGAUGUUGUUCCACUGCAAUCUGUUCAAGAUUUGCCCAAUUUGCUUGACCUUGAACUUGGUUCUGCGUAUGAAGGAGAUGAAUUACUUUUCAAGGCUGGUUGGUUUCAGAAGCUUAAAUAUUUGCGGUUGGUUCACUUUGUAAGAUUGAAAUGGGUGAGAGUGGAGUCUAGCUCGAUGCCUCUUCUUGAAGAGCUAGUUCUCCAAGACUGUAAAUUGAUGAUGGAGUUGCCCUCGGGUGUUGAACAUCUGGCCAACCUUAAAUAUCUUAACUUGAGUGAUAUGUGUGAAACAUUCAUUUCGAGCUUGAAUAAAGACUUACAAGGUGGGGACUAUUGGAAAAUUGCACAUGUCCUUGAGGUUUGGAUUUGGGACUCAAAAUCUGGUUUUUGGACUGGUGGUUAUCUAUAAUAAGGUUGACAGCUUGUGCAGCGACAUACAUACUAUUAAGAAGUCUUUUCUACUCAAUAAAGAGCUUAUCAAAGUUGAAAAUUUCUAGCUGAGGGGAGAAAGUGAACUUUGAGAAUUAUGAACAUGUAGCUCUCCUCGGUUGUAUUGAGGUGAGGUAUUAUCUUCUUGCAAUACACCUGAAACCAGCUUCCACAAUCUUAUAAACAUAAAUUUGCUUUGUGAAAUCGUAGAUAAAUAACACAUGCUGCAAAUUGUGAAAUGUUCACCUUAUAGGGAAAGACAAUUGAAAUGCAUCACUAGUAUACAUAUAAUGAACUAAUUAAUUUUUA